UCGCAUGCAGCUAACUUCAUUGUAUAAAUGACUUUGCUGUCUUGGAUCUGUUGUUGCGAAAAUAUAUUGUUUAUAGAAAAAGAAAAAUCUUUUAGAGGCAAUUGUUUUAUAUAAAAAAUAGAUUUUAAAGCGCAAUGCCUGCCGAGAACUUGGAAGAACAAGGAUUGGAAAAAAAUCCUAAUUUGGAGCUGGCUCAGUACAAGUUUUUGCUAACAUUGUCUGAACAUAAACAUGAAGUGGGUUUAAAAAAUAAGCUCUUGGAUGCUGUUAAGCUAGACAAUAUGGCUCCUUUCUAUGAAUAUCUAUGCAGUGAACUCCAGUGGGCAGUUGAUAAAGAUUUGCUUGAACGGAUGAAGGAACAAAAUAGAAAAGAUCUAGAAAAGUUAGAUGAAGCCAUCGAAGAUGCUGAAAAGAACUUGGGUGAGAUGGAAGUAAGGGAAGCUAAUCUUAAAAAGUCUGAAUAUUUAUGUCGCAUUGGCGAUAAAGCUGAAGCAGAGUUAGCAUUCCGUAAAACUUAUGAAAAAACUGUAUCAUUGGGUCAUCGUUUAGACAUUGUUUUUCAUUUAAUUCGCUUGGGUCUUUUUUAUUUAGACCACGAUUUGAUAACACGUAAUAUCGAAAAGGCAAAAUAUUUAAUAGAAGAAGGAGGCGACUGGGAUAGACGAAAUCGGUUGAAAGUAUAUCAGGGCGUUUAUUCAGUAGCUGUUCGUGACUUUAAAGCUGCUGCAACAUUCUUCUUAGAUACGGUUAGUACAUUCACCUCUUACGAACUAAUGGAUUACCCAACAUUUGUGCGUUACACGGUCUAUGUUGCCUUAAUUGCUUUGCCACGCAAUGAACUGCGCGAUAAAGUUAUAAAAGGGGCAGAAAUCCAAGAAGUACUACAUGGUCUGCCGGAUGUAAAACGUUAUUUGUUCUCCUUAUACAACUGUCAAUAUGCCGAUUUCUUCAAACACUUAGCCGAAGUUGAAAUCGUUUUACGGAAUGAUUAUUUAGCACAUCCUCAUUACCGUUUUUAUGUUCGUGAGAUGCGUAUUUUAGCUUAUACUCAGCUAUUGGAAUCUUAUCGCUCUUUAACCUUACAAUAUAUGGCUGAAGCUUUUGGCGUUAACGUUGACUAUAUUGAUCAAGAACUUUCACGUUUUAUAGCCGCAGGACGGUUACAUGCAAAAGUGGAUCGUGUUGGUGGCAUUGUUGAAACAAAUCGACCCGAUAAUAAAAAUUGGCAAUAUCAAGCCACGAUUAAGCAAGGUGAUCUUCUUCUAAAUCGUAUUCAAAAAUUAAGUCGUGUUAUAAACAUCUAAUCACCUACAGCUGUAUUUAUUUUAAAAAAUUAAGCAUGUCAAUUUUCAUUAUGAACAUGGCUGCUAAUUUCAUUACUUUAUCCAAUAAAUAAAACAUCAUUUAGUCCCAAA